UGGUGGCUCAGUGUUGGCUUCGAGAUCGUCGCGGGUGGAUGUGUGCGCGCGCUCGUCUCUCACUGCUCGCUCCUCAUAUAUUACAGUAAUAGUGUGUUUGCAACACCUGUCCUGACUUCACCUCAAACUGCCUCUGUUCUUGAAUGAUCCGCUGCCAAUCACACAUGGUUUAACAUAAGUGGCCAGAAAAAAAAUGAAGUGAAAAAUCGAAUUGUUAAGCUUGAACUCCAUACAGUCUGAGUGCCGAGGUUCAAGGAUGUAAGGAGCGAGAGAUUGUGUCGUUAUCACCCAGCCGACCAGGACUCCUUGACUGAAGAUGAAAUCCCUGUGUGUACUACUCCUGGACGCCAUCCUGUUGGCCUCAUUCGUCGAGGAUUCAGAGACGGCGGGACGACACGCGACGUGGUCCAAGCAGUUCAAGAACGUGCUGGAGACCCACAGGUUCAAGACGGAAGGAGGUUCGUGGACGCCUGAUCCUAGUGACCUGUUGGGGGAAUACGAAGUUGAACCGCCCGUGCGAGACACCAACGCUUACUUCAUGACAAACAACAACACCGUCGUCACCGUGCAGGUUGGAACCACCGCCGCCCUCCGCUGCCAAGUGUUUGACGUGGCCGAGCACGAGACGGUGUCGUGGAUAAGGCGCCGUGACCACCACCUUAUCACCGUCGGGGCCAACACCUACUCCAACGACGAGAGGUUUCAAGUCACCUACUCUGAGAAGACACAGGACUGGACGCUGCACGUGCGCUACGCUCAACCCCACGACGCCGGGGUGUAUGAGUGUCAGCUGUCCGCUCACCCGCCCAUCGGAGUCAUCACCACGCUAAAUGUCAUCGAGGCGGUGGCGGAGAUCGGAGGCGGUCCCGAGAGGUACGUGCAGAUCGGCAGCUCCGUCCAACUGACGUGUACCAUCAAGCACUUCACCGAGCCGCCGACCUACGUGUUCUGGUACCACGCCGAGCACAUGAUCAACUACGACUCCAACAAGAGGAUAACAGUGGUAAACCGCUUGGGCGAGAGUGAGCUGCGAAUUUCUCAAGUGACGAAGGCGGACAGUGGUAAUUACACCUGUCAGCCCGCCAACGCUCGCCCAGCCUUCGUCUCCCUCCACAUUAUCACAGGCGAGACGCCGGCAGCAAUGCAGAGGGCAAGCGCCACUGAGGUGCAGUACCGCCUCAGCAUUACUCUCCUGUCGUCCCUCCUGGCGUUGGUGGCAUUGUAAGUGCGUCGGAAGCUCUUCUGCCCCACCUCACAGCUCCCUUGGUGCUGAAGACCCGUCGGGCGGCUCUCAACCCUACGCAGCGCGCAACGCGUCUCCAUGUGCACGAAGAUGGUCGUACUGAGUCAUAUCAGGUGGUGGCUGCUGUGAUCUGCCAGCGGCGGAUGAAUCUGCGGUAGUGUUCGGGUAGUAGUGUGCAGCAGUGGUAUUUUAGAUGUACAUGGCGGGAUCGAUCAAGUGCACCACCACCAAUGUGAUAGUAAUGCGAAUGGAAGACUUCAUAGCUGCCGGGAAAGCCCGUCAAAACCAGGCAGCCGUCCGGUCCGUGUGUGAACUGCUUGUAGAGAGAGGCGAGACUGUACUACUUGCAGCAUGGACGCUCCACUCUCUUGUUGAGCUUCAUUCUAAAUGUUCGAUGUGUUACUGUGAUGCGGCUGCGAGGCUGCACGGGACGGCCAUCCAACUGUAUGUCACGGCUGACCCUAUUUAAUACGACUCUUGUUGAUGGGAAGAGUGACAGAGGAAACUUCAUUGUUUUACUGUUUACAGCGAUGUUCGAUCCGCAGGUUAAAUAUUUCUUCCUCUAGUCAUCAGUUUAUAUAUUUGGUGCCUGGAAGUGACGCUUCCGGGCCUGUGCGACAUGGACGCUCCUUUCCGUCAAUGACUGACCUGUGGUGCCGUCUGCGCCACUCCUGAACCUGCACUCCCUCACGCCGGGGAUUUAUGACUCACAAUAUAACGAUGAUGAACGGUUUGUAGUUAAUGGCUAAAUAUUAUUCACCACCGAAAACUGACUACUUGGUAGCGCGAGCUGAGGUUGUUCAUUUUUGAGGGGAAAUUCUUGUAUGUUGCUGUUUGUUGUAUUACAAUACGGAAGAUGACCAUAAAUGUUCCCCAGCAGCCUGUGAGUCACUUUCCCAGCAGACGGAGGACAAAGUAUGGGAAUGACCAACAAAAUCUUCCCAAAUAGACAACUGAUAAGUUGAGAGGUGCAUCACCGCAUACACUCCCGCAUCGUGAAGCUGCAGUGUAUGAAAGUGUCCCUUAGAAGUUUUCUGGCGUUUUUUAUUUUCUUUUAUUCACGUAGUAUUUUCACAAACCUCUCAAAAUAAUUACUGUUCAGUUUAGUGACUUAACACUGCCUUGGCGUUUUAUAAUGGUAACAAAACAUUAUUUGUUGUUCGUAAAUACCGUCCUUCAGUGAUGAUUAUGUCAAGGAAAUGUUUUCUUUCAUGAAUGUUCUAGUACAAUCUCAUUUUCUAAUUGAAAGAAAACAUUUGGCUAAAAGAAAAUUUCUUACCAAAAAUCCAUCCCAUCAGUCAUAGUAUAUAAUUGUUUUUUCGUACUAACUCAUUUUACUGUAUAGAUAAUUUCCUGCAGAAGCAGUUGGUUACAGUUGAUGAUUGCAAAGGAAAUGGUAACUGCGUGGCCUGUCUUGCUAAACCAGCUCAACGCUUUGAAGGGCCAAGGCGACAACCGCUAUAAACCCGUACUGAGCAAGAACGAAUUUCCUUAACAUCUUUUAAUUAAAAUAAUAAAAAAUGAGAUACCAAGCAAGAAGUUCAAUUCAGGUCGUCGCUGAACACUUCGUGAGAAUGAAACAAAUAACAUACGAUUCCCAAACUCCUACAAGGCUUAUGUGUAAGAUUGAUGACAGUUAUUGAAAGGAUAGUGUGGAUAUACAUUUGCGAUGAUUAAAGUACCUGCCAUUUGAUAAGGUAAAGAGAAGUGAGCUUCAUUUGGUGGUGAUGAGACGCUACUCCAGCCCGUUAUUAUGAGGCACAGUAACAGUUGGAGGUUGGCUGUGAGUAACAAGUGAAAAUAACUGAAGAUAAACCGUGCCGGUGCCACUGAAUACAUAGGUGGUUUGUAGUAAAUAGUGUUCAAACAGAAUACAAUAAACGGAUUUACUCUACAUGGUGUUCAGUGUGUCGCACCGUGCUUCAAAUCAUUGAACGCCAUUUAUCUGGUGGUGGUGGAUGCACUACUUAUGAUAUCAGGCGUCAAGAAUAUCACGUUUAGAGGUUUGUUUGAAUACGUGUGUCAUGUUUUAACACAGACUUGGAGAGAAAACUCGAGGACCACAGCUCAGUUGAAUAAAUGACUGUGGACAGUAACUCUCCUCACGCCGCGAUCACCUGACGAAAAACUGACCUGACUGAGCGUGUCUCAUGUUACCUCCCUUAAACACACACACACACACACACACACACACACACUCACUAUGUGAUAUCCGUGCUCUAGACUGCCACCCUGAGAGAACAACGUUCUACAUGCAGGUGGCUAGAAAUGAGAUAUUCGACUGAAAUCUAAUAUAUAUAUAUAUAUAUAUAUAUAUAUAUAUAUAUAUAUAUAUAUAUAUAUAUAUAUAUAUAUAUAUAUAUAUAUAUAUAUAUAUAUAUAUAUAUAUAUAUAUAUAUAUAUAUAUAUAUAUAUAUAUAUAUAGUGACACACACACACACACACACACACACACAGGAGCACAGGUGUGUAGCAAAGACUUAUUCCCGAUUUGUUGUGGAGAGAUGCCAAACAUUUACAACGCCUUUAUUUCAAGAGAAGUCUCGCACUCCAUCACGGCUCAGUGUACAAGUGUUCGAGGUGAAGCAUUCCUGGCGGUGUGUGAGGCGUGUGCACGUGCCGAGAGGGAUAGAGGCGUGUGCUGCGACUUGUGGCAGGGCGGGUCCUCUCCUUUCCUCUCGGGGUCAUAUCACCAGCCUGACUCGAGAGGCAGUGAUCUCCGCCUCGCCUCAUUUGCUGGCUGUUCGGUGUUACAUUUACGAUAUGUUGUGUCAGUGUUGGCUGGCCGUGUACACUUGAUUUGUCCUUUUCUCAGCAGUAUGUCGACAGCAAAAAUUUGGACACACACACACACACACACACACACACACACACACACACACACACACACACACACACACACACACACACACACACACACACACACACACACACACACACACACACACACACCUCCAUCACUUCAUUCUCUCUCUCUCUCUCUCUCUCUCUCUCUCUCUCUCUCUCUCUCUCUCUCUCUCUCUCUCUCUCUCUCUCUCUCUCUUUCUCUCUCUCUCU